AUGUCUACAGCGAGGAAUGGGCCAGGCAAAGGCGCGAAGCCUCGCCGCGAUGUACUGGCAUCGCUCAAAAUGGCCUCUAUGGAGGAGAUCUCCAGGGCCUCCCUCCCCGCUGAAAUAAUGUCUGUUAUUCUUGAUCACCUUCCUCCGGUCGACCUUAUCCGAGCCGCCCGGGCGUCCAAACUUUUGCGCGAAAUGGCAUACGAUGAUUCAAGAUGGGUCCAAAAACUCAAAAGGAUAGGCUGCUGGGACGAAGCGGAUGCUCGCAGACGUGCAGAGGAGAGACUAGGAACAAUUGCCAACAGGGAAAGCGUUGAAAUCCAACAAUCGGCGACACCGGAGCCGGAGCCGAGCCAGCCUGCCAUCGAAGUGACAACGGUCUCGGACGGUUUCGACAAGAUUAACCUAUCGACCACGACGGCGGAGAAUAUCGGUGACUUGGAUGUUGAUCCAGUUUUGGGAGCGCUAAAACUGGCCAAGUCUAUACGAGGAGAAGCCCGACUGGAGUAUGGAAGGAUACAUGCGGCGUUGGCACCGUUCUACGACGACAUUACCACACUCGGAGCCUCUCCGGACAACUUGGUGUUCAAAAAGUACACGGACCCUCAACAACAGGCACAGAUAUUGCACCAGCUGCAAGCCUUUGCCAAGUGCGACAUGACAGAGGGUUGGGAGAACCGGCAUGAACACCUGCGGAGCGCUGUAUCAAUAUUUGAAACGGCUGCGUUAAAGGAGUUCAGACACGGAUAUGAAACGGAUGAUAUUGACGAUCGGAUGAAGAAAUAUGCCCAUGUCUUAUAUACGCUUAAUGGCGGAGGCUCUGCCGUUGAGCUGUUUAUUCACCAUAACCAUAUCAUCACGAAAAAGUCGGAGCUCGGAAGACUAAAUGACUGCAUUGACGCCUCAACUCAGAAGGUGAAGCUUCACCAGACGCAAGUAUUCUUCACCCGGUUUAGUGUGGCCUUCAACGAAGAGGUCUCUGUUAUCAACCGCGCCUUUCCACCAGCGUUACAAGUGGCCUCACCGUUCAUUGAAAAGGUGGGCCAUGAUGUGCUUUACCCAUUUCUGACUGCCAUAUUUGAUGAACUGCAUCGCUCAAAUCUGGAGUCGUACCUCACGGCAGUCUCGGGUACAUUCGCGCAAUGCUUGAAUCUUGGUGAUGUUCUUUUGCCCAUUCAGAACUCGCUGGACAUCUUCAAAGAGUGCUUGUAUCAGGCCAUCACUCAAGUGUAUGAGCCACAUAUGGAUUUAUAUCUCGCGGAAGAGUUGGACUUCUUCCGGAAGGGUUCAGAAGCUGCUGUUGGGGAAUGGGAUAGGGCCCUUUCGGAGCAGGCUGCCUCGACGGAAUCAUUCCUCAUGUCAAAUGUUAAUAGACAGGCUGACAAGCGCGACUUCCUAACCUCCUUCAAGAAAGUGAUUAUGGCGCCCGUCAACAUUCUACCAGGGUUCUCGAAAUCAAGCGAACAGAAAGCGGACCGUGACUCUGUUAGCGGCGACUCGGUCUUGUCACCGAAAACCAACAGAUUCUCGACGAUGUCCUCGCCCGGGACCCCUCCAGUGGCGGAAGCGCCCACGACUGAGCUGGCUGCAAAGGCGGCGGUCAUGAAAUCGAAAAUGGAGGGUAUUCGAUCCCUGUUCAGUAUUGAGGUCGCAUUAGGGCUGGUCCAUGCGGCUAAAUCGAGCCUGGAACGCGCCGCACAAUUCGUGAAGAUUGGUGGUGAGACAGGCGUAGCUGUCAAACAACAGUGCGAAGCAAUCUUCGUUACGCUGCUCCGCAUCCUUGGCCAUCGCCAUCUUAUCCUGGGAUUUGACAAGGCGGUUGACCACCUCUCCAACUACCGACCACGCGAGCAAGGUGAUCGUGAUCAGUCCGGUGUUGAGCCCUUGGUAACAUUCCUCGAGCUCGUGAAUGUCGGAGAUCUCAUCCUCCAAAUGAUUGACGUUUUCUACGAGCAGGAACUGAUCGGAUCUAAGCUCACUGACCGGAAUGACUUUUUAGAUCCCGCGGUUAAGGAGAAAAAGAAAUUCGAGCAGAAUCUGGACGAACGGGUCGCCGCAGGGCUGAACAAGGGAAUUGAUGUGCUAAUGGAGGAAGUGGACUACAUCCUGGCAACAAGGCAGCUGGCGACCGAUUUCAAUCCUGGCGUUUCUACCGACCCUUACCGAAAGACCAUGGAUGUAGAUAUCACAGAAGCGGCAGCAGCCGUCGUGGAUGUGGUCUCAUCACAUACAGGGAUGCUCGUAGGAAGUACAGACAAGAGCACCUUGGACGUCUUCAACCAGGAGGUUGGAUUGCGACUCUUCACAGCCCUCUGCAAGCACCUCAAACGUCAGAGGAUCAGCACCGAGGGCUCUCUGAAGCUGAUCAGGUACGAUCCCUCCAUUCUCCUCAGUCUGGCAUUGCUAAUAAGACCAGUGACAUGA